GUAAGGUUACACGAUGGCUUCACCUCCACCACUCCGACACCCAGUGCCAACUCAUCCAGCAUAUAUUCCUGAGCCUCCUGCUACGCCAGUUUCUCCAGACGGCUAUCAAAGAUAUGCGUCCUCGCCCAAUCCUCAGCAACAGCCCCAUAACCAACAACCACAGCACUAUUCUCCCCAAGUUCCGCUCCAGCAGCCUCCGGCGUACUUGACUUCACCCUUCCAGCAUAAUCAGCAUCCCCAUGUAUAUCAACAACGACCUCAACAGCAACAAUCAUUUGUGCCGCAACCAGACUUUGCUGCGUGGGGUUUGAACGAUGCCACGACCCAGUUCGGUAUGCAGCUUGGAACCAGUGCAGUUGCGGCCGGUCAAGAAUACGUUCAGAAAAAUUUUGGCGGUAUAAUACCCAUAAGCAGUAUAAAACACCGUUUCAACGUCUCCAACUCAUAUGUUCUACGCAAGCUCAAGUUGAUCGUAUUCCCUUGGACCCACAAGUCCUGGUCUCGUCGUGUUCAUCGCACAGAAAAUGGUCAUACUGAGUGGCAACCCCCGAGAGAGGACGUCAACAGUCCUGAUCUCUAUAUACCUCUCAUGGCGUUUGUAACCUACAUCCUGGUUUCUGCAUUUCACUCAGGUCUCAAUGCUCGUUUUCAUCCGAGAAUUUUGGGAGAGUCAGCCUCUUCGGCUCUAGGCGUCGUUAUCGUCGACUUUCUCUUCGUCUACGUCGGUUGUUAUCUCCUCAACGUACAAAGCUCUGGUCAAGCUGUCGACAUCGUUGCUUACACUGGCUACAAGUUUGUUGGUGUCAUCCUCACCAUUCUAUCCAACUACCCUAACGUCGUCACCCUUUAUUACCUCGUCUUUAUUUACUUUUUCCUUGCCAAUGCCUUGUUCCUCCUCAGGUCAUUACGCUCCUUGGUCUUACCCGAUCCAGCUACUGCCGUCAAUUCCACUGCCACCGGCGGCGUAAGCCCUACAAAUAAAAGGCGAAGAAUCAGCUUCUUGUUCUUAGAGGCGGUCUGUCAAGUUGCCUACAUGUUAUUUUUGGUCAGGGUGUAA